AUGGUCGGAAGUAAAGCAAGGGAGAUAGGCAAUGGUGGUGGUACAGUGGAGGAAGUGCUAGUAUCAAAUAGGUUUGGAAGUUUGGAGGAAGAGGGAGACAAGGAGGAACUUGGGGAUGAUGUGGGAAGAGUGGAUAAGAAUAAAGAGAACGAAAAUACUAUGAAUUUAAACUCGGAAGUCUUGAGUAGAGUGCAUGGGAAGGCUAUAAUGUUUGGUGCAACUAAGGAGGCCAAGUCAUUUGCUGGAACGGAGAAACAAGGGAAUCAACCGAUAACUAGAGGAGAGAUUGAAUUGUCGGUGAACGGAAAGAGAUUGCGAAUCGAAAGGGAAAGUGUUGGCCGACCCGGCGGUGCUUUCGCUGGAGAUGGGGAGUUCGAUGAGAAUGAGAAACACUUGGAUCAAGCUUCUGAGCGAAGGAACAAUCAGGCACAAUUGGCACUACCGGAGAUUCCACAUCUUGACGAAGUGGAAGCUUGUAGAGGUCGGUUGGGAGAAGAACUGAAGGGUAUGGAGUUUCGUAGAUCGAUAAGAUACUUGGUGAAGAAAUUUAGUACAAACAUUCUUGCCGUUUUUGAAACUCAUGCUGGUGGAGCGGCUGCAGGCCGAAUCUGUCAAGGACUGGGCUUUGAAAACUCGUUUAGAGUUGAUGCGUGUGGGAAAAGCGGAGGCUUAUGGUUGCUAUGGCGAUCGGAAAUAGGAGAACUUGAGGUGGUCAAGUCUUCUGAUCAGUUUAUUUAUGCUCGAGUGGGGAACGAAACAGAGGCGAUUAACUUGAUCGUUGUGUAUGCUGCACCUACACCGAUCCAUCGGAGAGGUUUAUGGGCGGAGUUGGGGGAGGUGAUUCAUAAUGCGGUUGGUCCGGUAUUUAUUGGUGGGGAUUUCAACACGAUUGUGAGAUUGGAUGAAAGAAGUGGUGGGAAUGGGAGAUUAUCUGAAGAUUCUUUAGCUUUUGGUGAUUGGAUCAAUGAUUUGUCACUCAUUGAUAUGGGAUUUAGUGGGAACCAGUUCACAUGGAAGCGAGGGAAGACAGAAAGCACAUUUGUCGCUAAGAGGUUGGACAGAAUACUAUGUUGUCCUCAGGCUAGACUCAAAUGGCAGGAGGCAAGAGUCUCACAUCUACCAUUCUUGGCCUCGGAUCAUGCCCCAUUGUACUUACAAAUUACACCAGAGACUCAAGGCAAUGCGUGUAGACGUCCAUUUCGAUUUGAGGCGGCUUGGCUGAAACAUAGUGAAUUUCAAGAUAUGUUAACGGCUUCGUGGGAUCGAGAGAUUGGGACUAGAGAACCUUUGGAGCGACUGGGAGUAAAACUUCGAAAGUGGAACAAAGAAGUUUUUGGGAGUGUUCAGAAAAGAAAGGAGAUGUUAGUUGUCGAAAUAAAAGAAAUCCAGACGAGAAUUGAGCAGAGUCAAACUGAUGAGCUGUUGGUGAAAGAAGGUGAACUCCUUAAGGAGUUUGAGAUAGUUCUUGAACAAUAA